GGGGUGACGUCACGCGACCCCAGCAGCCCCCCACUCUGCAGAGUAUAAAUGGAGAAAGUUUCCUGUCAGAUCAGUGAAGCAAUAAACCAGCAGCGCGCGCAGACUCAUCAUCAGACUCAUCAUCAGCCUGCCUGUCUGAUCUCCUCUCCUCUGAUCCUCUCAGCGCGCAGCAGCAGCAGCACCAUGGACAGCGCCAGAGCAGCCCUGUACCUGGGGAUCUUCAUCCUCGCGCUCAGCGUCCUGUGCCACGGCCAGGGGGCUCUGGACAACCGACUGUCAGCGCACGGGGAGCAGCAGCUCAUCACCCGAGACCUGGCUGAAGCUCUUGAAGAUAUGUUGGAUGGAGAUGAAGAUAAUCGGAUACAACUGGAGAAAAAAGCCAGUGUCAUUCCACGGUGCGAUGUUGGGGAGCGCUGUGCUCUGAAGCAUGGACCUCGUAUCGGCCGCCUGUGUGACUGCAUGAGAGGAACUGCCUGCAACACCUUCUUCCUGCGCUGCUACUAAACCCCCCAAGUUACAUUUCCCAUGAGGCAGUGCGCGACUGGCCUGGAAUGCGCUCCUCCGUCUCAUCGUUUAUUUGUGAAUUUGUACUGUUGAUGAUGUUGAUGUGCUGAAACGUUUGCUGUUGUAUUGUUCGUAAUUUUGAAUCUAUCUUGACAUGUAUGUUUAUGAUUAAAUCAUAGCUACGAUUAAAUAGAUUUAUUUUUGUUUAAUAAAAUGUCGUUAAGGCCAAUUGA